CUUGUGGCGGCCUACAAGUACGCGCGUGAACAAGUUUUAUCAGCGGGAAAUUCCAAAAUCAGGAGCAGGUAGAAAUAUACAAUCGAUAGGAAAUGGAUUCCAAUGAAGAAAAACAUUUAGUACUGGACGAGUCUCCAGUACAGACCGGGAAAAUACGAAAGAACACAAAUGGUGUCCAUGGCGUUGAAGACAACCUAACGGCUAAUGGCGAUGUCCUGAUGUGGGACCUUGACGAUGUUGGCAUUGCAUACACAGGCAAUACCUCGGAUCAUCUCACACCAAGGAUGGCCACGCCUCCUACACUAAAUCCGCAGUCAAAAGACUCUGCGAUGAUUCCAACACCUACAGCAAUGUCAAAUCGUGUAAAACAGCUUACACAAGUAAGCAUACUAGGAAAGAAGCCCAACCCCCACAGGCCGAUAUACAGUCCUUCAGACGCUCUGGACACGUACAAAUUCCGGGACCUCUUCCCAAACCCCGAGCUCAAGAAAGAAAUGACGAACUGCCUUGGGAAAAUAAAUGCAGGCGGGGCUUUCGUCGUUGACAAUAAUAUCACCAUGCAUGGCGACGUCAUGAUGCUUGACCUUGACAGCGAAGGUGAAGGUCACUCCAGUCACACACACACUGCUGUCGAGAAAUUUAGUCAGCUGACCGAAACACCAAUGACUGUUACCAAGCCAACCAAUGCGCUUACGACAACCACCGGUAUUCGGCACCUGAUGACUCUCAGGAACCCGGACCUAGCUGACCUUCCGAGUGGCAGCGACAUCAAUCUCGAAAAGAAACGGAAGAGGAAAAAGAGGAAACAUAAACACGCAAAAAUCACAAAGAAUGACACUUGUUUGUCCGAAACUCAGGACACCGAGGAACCAUUGAGCUGUGUUGUUCCUCCUUCACAGAAAGUUGUCAGCGACAAAACUAAAACAGAGAAGAAACCAGUGGAGUUUACUAAAAUGUUGCGAUACCAGAUGAGACGUUUCAGGGCCUACAUUCAGAAGAAGAUGAUCUGUCGUUGACCGGACUAAGAGCCAUUUAUCUUUAUCUAGAUUUGUUUGAGAUACCCCUAUGGAGGUUUAGAACUGCAACUAGCUGUUAGCUGGAUUUGUUUGAGAUGCCACUAUGGAGCUUUAGACAUGUCACAAUAGCUGAUAGCUAGAUUUGAUUGAGAUGCCACUUUGGAGAUUGAGAGAUGUCACUAGCUGUUAGCUGGAUUUGUUUGAGAUGCCACUAUGGAGCUUUAGAGAUGUCACUAGUUGCUAGCUGGAUUUGUUUGAGAAGUCACUAUAGAGCUUUAGAGAUGUCACUUUAUAGAGCUUUAGCGAUGUCACUAGUUGUUAACUGGAUUUGUUUGAGACGGCUUUAAUUGGACUAAAUUUGUAUGAGAUGCAGUUUUGUUAAUUGGAUUUGUUUGCUAUUUGGAAUACAAUUUGUUAUGUGCAACAACCUUUACCUACGCUCGAAGAAUUGUCAGCUUUAUUCGAAUACAUCGAACAUUAUGAAAUUAGGACACUAGGAUACUAUAUAGUCUGUGUAAAAGUUAAGGAACAUUAACUGUGUUUCUCUAAACG